AUGCCUUCGCGACUAUCCAGCCCUAUGUUGUCUUUGGACAUUAACCACAUCGCCAAGGUCGAUCCCAGAAAUGUAGAUAAUCUUUUCAGCAUGUGGACAAUUUUUUCAAAAUGUGCUGAGUCAUUGGAGAAUGGGAGGAGGCUAGAGAAUCUGAGUUGGAGGGUGUGGAAUCGGGAGACUUUUUGCUGUGAGGAAACCGCUGUGACAGUUGCACCAAUCAAGCCAGCCGCCACUGCUGCUCCCACCGCAACAAUUCCACGAAAGCCCAGACGACAGGAUUCCGACACAUACUCAGAUGUUCCAGAGCUUUCAUCAAGUGUCGAGUCAGCUGCAUCAGAUUAUGAGCUGCGAUCAGAUGCUGUCAACAUCAAGUCAUCAAGAUCAUGCUUAUUGCGAACCGACUCAGCUGAGCGCUACCGAGGCAAGGAAAAGCAUAUGACACCAGUUUGUUUGGUGAAAUUGAUGGAAGAUCUGGACAAGAGCAAGUCUAGCGCCGAUGAUUGGAUUUCAAAGCGUCCUCUCGUCGCUUCUACGGAAGUGGAAGAGGCCGCACAGGAGACAAUGCCCGAGCAAUCAAUGUGCUCACCUGCUCUUCCCGCAGCCCAUUCAACACCUGUGGGAUCUGCAUGUUCAUAUUCAACGAGCGUUAGCGCUCACAGCGUUGUUCGUGGAUUCACACCUGGUCAGAAUAUCUCAGUAUCAAUUCGCUCAAAUCGCUCAAAUGCAUGCUUGCCUUCCGAACCAGCUGCUCCUGCCAAGAAGAUGUCACCAGCACCCAAGAAGGCCGCAAAGAUGUUCUUCAUUGGCUCAUCAAACUCAUCUGCUUAUGAUGAUGAGAGCGACUCUGAGGACAGCUUCACACAGGGCCCACCAAUGCGAAAGAGUAAGCUUUCUGAGGGAUUGAAGAGAACAUCAGGGAAGAGGACAUCUUUUAGACAUGAGGUUGCCACAAGAACGUUCAAAGAUGACGAUGUUUACACCGAGGAUGAGGAAGUGAUCUCUGAGAGCGCCGUUGAUGAAGAUUCAUCAGACUGGGAAUCAUCCACAGACGACAGUGCUCACUCGAGCUACAACCCGGAUACAAUGUUCCAGCGAGUUGAGAGCCGACAGAUGUUGACUUCCAGGCGUUCUCUCCUUUCUACCAUGCUUCACGAGCCAAAACGGGCAGCAGCUCUUGCCAAUGCUGGAUCUCGAUCUACCCCAGCUUUAAGGUCAAGGACUACUUCACCUUCCGGCCCAUCUCUUGCUCCUUCACUCCAGCGAGAAUCCCCUCUCACCGCCAAGCCAACCGCCGAGAUUACCCGCGCAAAGCCAAUCAUCAUGACAACCAGCAAUAUGCAUCCCCCUGCCCUUUCACCCCGCACUACCCGCAGAAACAUGCUUGCCACUGAGUUGACUGAGUCUCUCCGAAGACAUCUUCUUUGGGAGAGGCAGCAAAAGAACACCACUGCAGCUGCUGUUCUUAAACGACGACACACCGCACACGACGUCACGAAGUUGAAUGACUUCCCUCAGGUCAACGAAUACUCUAGCAAGGCAGCUUCCUCCACAAAAGCCAGUGCCUCCAAGGGCAAUGCUUCCAAGAAUAACUCAUGGAAUCAUUAUUUCGAUCAGGGGCUGCAUGAAUACCAUGUAGCUGGGUGGUAA